CUGGGAUGUCUUGACUGGCUUGAGGUGGUAAGGGCCCACUGAGGUGAUCCGCCAGCACGCUCGCUCUCAACCAGAGACUCUACCUCUUCCCUUGCUUUAAUCAAGUCGAAGUUCGUCUUGAAGAUACAAAUUAAUAAAUACUUCCACAUACACACAUCCCAAACCAAGAGCGACGGCCUUGUUCCUACUCUUGGGAUCUCGUCUUUCUAUUAACACUUGUUCUCCAAACAGCUCCACCUUGGUCGGUCGGUCGCUCAGACGAACCGACGAGGUGCCCUCCUACACCGCUCAAACGGUAACCAUCUCGAUUACACUCAUCUCUCCUCAGCUUUUCUAUCAAGCGAACCUCACGCCGUACUAGGAGGGAUCUCUUUAUUGCCACUUCAACUCGAGGAUUGGUCUCAUCUUCCGAAUCUCAAGUUGGAUCCCAUCGAAGAACACAUUGUUGAACGGCCUAACACACACGUCCAUUGCAACUGGUAUGGGAAUUAGUUAUUGGUGAACACUAGCAGUUAAGGGCAUCAUCGACGAGGGUACACAAACGUCAAGCAUUGUAAACUGCUUAGUACUGUGAUAAUUCUUUCCCGGAGAUCUCGACACUAGCACUCUAAGUCGUUCAUAACAGGUGGACACCCCAAGGACGGCUGACUUCGAUUGUCUGUUUUGCUUAGCACUUUGUAGAAAUCUUGGAUUACCCUCUAAACUCACUGCCUUCACACUGGGAUCCAUUGAGUCAGAAUCAAAGUUGAAUCUUCCGAACCCUUCGAAUAGUAUCCUGCCAAGUUAUCAAGAGCUUCUUGCCUGCAAUGGACAGUUCUACGAUGCUCGUAUCUCCCAAUCCCUCCGUUCAAGCCGUCCAACUACCAUCGUCUGCCGAGUUGGAUCCAGCUGAUCCCAUCUGGCGUCAUGUCAAGACCGAAUGGGACCAUCAUUUUGUUAAACGAGGCAACUUUCUUCCGUGGCUACGUGCCCAACUACAAAUUGACCCGAUAGACGAAGCUUGUCUAGCUCCUGAGCCGCUCUUGUGCUAUGUUAAACGGCGCCUGGCUCUUGCUCAGAGCGAACAGAGACUCAGAGCAGCGGCGAAUCAUGGGCAGCCUGCGCCAGCUGCAGCCAGCCAUUCAACCCCAUCCAAUGGUGCGUCCAACAUGAACGGGGCAUUUCUCGAGCCCACUCCCGCCUCAUCGCUUGCCACCCGAGAUUCUUGUCCCGGUAACUCGUCCAACUCCUCGAGGUCUGGCCCCUUUGUGAGCCCGCAAUCCGAUGGAGUUGCCGCGCCAGGUCCGGCAAGUCAACUGUUUGACCGUAGCGCGUCUGAUGCCUCCCGUGCUUCGAGCAAUCAGCUUCUGAAUAAAACCCAUGUCUCUUCAUCUUCCAUAUCCUUCUCCGGCCAGUCACCCUCAUCCAUGGGUCAGGGUAAUGCCUUUAGUAGUCAGCUUGGCGCCAUAGCUGAUGCUCACAUGGGCAAUUCUUCCCAUGUGACGCCAAUAUCAUCAUCUUCAACCUCAAACUCUCAGACCAACGCUUUCCCUUUCAGUUCGAGCGGCCUAGACGCACCACACCCAUAUCUUCAAGCUGAUGUUCAAGCUCAUCAGUAUCCCCACUCUCAAGUUUUAUUCACGAGGCAAGAGAACGGGGAAAGUAAUCAGCAGCAGCAUUCAUCUCAACUCUCUCUGUUUCCGUCGUCCACGACUUCUUCUACAUACGUCAAUCACCCCGCUCAAUCUAGUCCAGCCCUUGCCUUUGCCGCCACGCAUUCUCAUCCUUUGCAACCACAAAACGCCAAUCAAUACUCGCACCCACUGCAGCCAACAAAGAUUACACAAUAUGAGCAAUUUCCACAUACUCACAAGAAAAAUUUCGAACCUCAGACCAAUGCUUUUGCCCACAACAACCAGUCAUUAGAUUUCAAUGGUUCCUUGCCUAUCUCAGAGUCGGGUAAUUGGAAUACAAGACCGCUCGCACAAAUUGACCCUGCUCUUAUGGCAGGCCAUGAAACAAGCCAUGUCAUAACGUCGCAAACCCAGAAUCAGUCUGUUGCUCCUAUCACCCCCGCAAUUGACAUUACGCCUCGGGUAACUGCUCCCCAGUCCAUGGAUGCUCCCAGUCCACGCAGAACCAGAAGCGCUGCUGCUUUGACCAAAAAAGCAGCCUCACCUGCUACUUCAUCCCGUACGCCUGUUAGUGAGAAAGCACCACCGAAGAAAGGCGCUCCCCGCACCGCAAAUCCAUCGGUCCAAGAUAAUUCGGUUGAAUCCAUCCCCAACCCGUCGGCAAACAACUCCCCUCAAACUAAGGAGCGCAAUUCCAAAGAUCAGCCCAACUCAUCAUCCAACUCUAGUUCCAUCACUCCUGCAGACCAAUACAACCGAAAGGCUUGGAAGAGUCGCCUUUCAACUAUUCGAACCGAAUUGGAUCACAUCACUAAAGCGCCCGCCAGAUCAGCGAACAAACUAGUCAAAAUUUUGACUAUGUACAGUAUCUCUCCAACUCCAAACUCUGGUGAUUGGUCUACUGUACCUCCAGAGGGUAGGAUAGAAGUUUUAUCAGCCAUAAAAGCCGCCGCACCUCUAGACUUUUACAACACUUGGGUGUCCGAAAGUAAAGGUUUGUCCAUGCUUGAGGCGUGGCUUAAGGGCUCCGUUCACGCGCAAGAGAGAGCCAAGUCCAAAGACACGUCUGGCGGCAAGGGCGCCGAUGAGGAAGCCUUACAACGCGAAACCCUAUUGACGCAUCUUCUGCAGACUUUAGAGAAGCUCCCGCUGACGAUAGAAAAUCUCAAGAAUCACACAUUUCCGAAACAGGUCAUGAGGAUUAAUAAGGAACAAAAUGCGAACAGAUUCUCAGAGGGUGUAAAGCGUUUGUCACUUACAUUGGAACAGAAAUGGCGUGCAAUUUGUCGUGGAGUAGCAGCUCCGAUGCUAAGGAACGGGAGCACCGAUAGCGUCAACAAUCCUGCUGCCUCAACCUCAGAGACUAAAAAGCGCACCGAAGCGCCGGCUGAUUCAAAUCAAAGCAAGAAGCGCAAGGUUGAAACUACUAGGAUCGCGAUCACUGCAACGCCAUCUGCGGGUAAAAGCACAAACGACCUUUUUGGAAGACCAGACAAAGCCAAGCUGCCGGCAUUCACGAAGAAGGCUACCGAACCAACUCCAGCCCCUACAGUUGUGGUACAAGAUAGCUUUGCUCAAGCUAUGGGGUUACUAAAAGGCAAAAAUUCUACAGGUACAUUUACAGAAACAGCGCCCUCUACUUCCACCUCAUUGUCUAACGCAGCCGGCAAGCUCGCUAAACGAGUCAGAUUUGUGGCCGACAACGAGUUGUGCCAAAUCAAGAUCGUCGAACGUUUGGUUUAUGAGGGCGAGGAAUAUGAGACACAUCCUGUUGGUGAUGCUAGGAAAAUGGAUGCUGUUGAGGGCAGAUAUUUACAUCAGUCCGAUAGCUUCCUGGAAGAAGAAAUUGAAUGGGAGACUCCAUUAGAGGUUAUUUUGACCAGUGAGACAAUAUCCAACCUAGAAACCUCACCAUUGGUGUCUGCUGAGCUCGCAGCCCAAGAAGAGAGAGAGAAAGCUGUGCCUGGGGUAACAUAUGAGGAUGAAUCCCAGAUUCCACACACGCCACAUGAACCGGGCGAUUCGGAGUUAUGGACAGUUGGUGACACCGGAUCUACUGGUCUGCCUAAGGUCAUGAAACUAGGCGGCAAUCUUCUGCUGGACCCAGAAGUUUCGCACUUGAUUGCAAAAGCCCAGGCCGAUAAUUCAGUGGACGCGCCGGUUGCUCCGGAUCACACCGUGUCAGACUUGCUGGCCCGUCUUGGUGGAGGUGGCGUCGCGCUUUCCGAACUAUCUAACCAAACAUCCCCGGUGACAACGCCUUAUCCCUCGGGGUUCGACGCGACUUUGCCCCCGGGGCUUGACAUGAAUUUGUUGAAUUCAAUUUCCCAGAGCGGCUCACUGCAAGCGCUCUUGGCUGCAUCAGGUGGCCUCAACUUGUCCACGCAGCCUGUUGUAACUACCCACGUCACUGAUACAUUCCCAACUACAAUCCGGGAUAAUGGCUGGGGUGCUGCCGCUGGCUCGGCCUCUCGUGGACGUGAGAAAAUGGACGCACCUGAGCCUUACAUUCCGACCGGACCGAGCGCGGGAGUUUCUCGCAACAAGCGCCGAAAGAAAGGGAAAGAUGGUAACCAGCCCCGCAUAUCAGCACAUGACUCUUACGGUCGACAUAUCAAGUGUAAAUGGUGGCCCAAUUGCCCUCAUGGCAACAAAUGUUUCUAUAAACACGGCUAAAAUGCCCCCCCUACCCCCUGCGAAAAACCAUCUAUUAAUAUUUCUUUUGGGUUCAAACAUGGAAUCGCGGUCUCGUUUGCUAACAGGGCGAUUCUUGAGAUGCACUGUGCUGUAAUUCAUCAAUAAAUACGCAAUCUCGCAUGUUUUUAACACCGGCCAACCCCGCACCUCAAUCCCACGAACAUUGGAAUCCGCCGCCAAAGGACUGGCAUUUUGAACAGGGACGCUUCACAUCAUCAACUGCCCUCUUCGAAUUUUUGAAUUCAUUAUUUUAUCAUCCCUUCACACCCACCCACGUAUAUCACACCUAUAGAUACAGCUUUUCCUCUUUUUCUUUAUCUUUAUUUCCUCUUUGUCUUGUUUCCUCUUUCCCCUUCGGCUUUUAUUUAUUAUAAUUUUGCCCUAUUGAACUGAGAAAUUUUCAAAUCCCCCUAUGAAUAUUAUUGGUAGAUUACCCAAGUGAUGUUCCCAAACAAUUUCAUGACUCAUGUUUUUCCCUUCCAACUUGUCUAAAAUCAAAUCAAAUGAGAUGUACAUGAAUUUUUUCCCUUUGUGUGUCUGGUCUCACUGCGUGUAUGUCUCCAGAAUAUGGUUGUUGGGAAGAAAAGCUCUCAGACCAGAAAGUUAUGUUGAAUGCUGCAUUGAACUAGACAUGCACUGGU